AUGGCCAGGAUGCAGGAGCUGGAGGCGGAGAACGCUCAGCUCCGAGAGCGCUUCUCGCAAAUGCAGCUCCAGGCCUCUCAGUUGGCAGCCGAGAGAUCCCAGUUGGCCGAGCAGCUGGAUCACGCGGGUGCUCAAGUGGCACUUUCUCAGAACCAGCUCUCGGAGCACGUGGGCGCCUCGUCGCAGUUCCGCGACCUCAAGGACAUCCUGAAGAGAAGGACGGACGAGGUCAAGGUGCUGCGGGAGUACAUCGCCAGCUCCGGGCUGCCGGUGCCUGGCACCGAAGGUGGCCUCGAGCUCGAGGCGGACGACGACUGA